CAGACUGCCAACCUGAAGGGUUACAUCGCCAGCUGCAGGAGCGACCAAACAAGCGCACAAAGAUGGAACGGUUUCUGUUUAAGCUCCGUAGAUCAGGGGCGGCAGUCCGGCGGGGCGCCAAGUACCGAUGAGACAGUCGGCCGGCCCGCACCACCGACACGACCAUCAGCACCCAGUCGUUACCACCGUUCCGGCUGCCAGCGAGUCCGUCGAUACCCUCACCACCACUACCGGCUCCCAACAUACAGUUUCAGCGGAGGUAGUCGAGGUGGAGGAACAUGAUCUGGGCUCCGAUGCGGAGUCCGAAGCAAGGGAGACGCUCAAGCUGACCGCCCGCGGCCGCCCUGCGCACACCCCGACGCGCCCGCGAACAGCGCGUGAUGAGACGAAGAAAGAAAUACAAGAGGACGAUGAAGCCACUCUCAGAGAGCUGCUUAUUAGUCUGCAAAAACAGGUGAGCGUGAUGAGUAUGAACUUGAGCGCCAAACUGGACGAGCUCCAACGUGGAGAUCGACACCUGGAGACGACGGUCGCUCUUUGUGAGAUCAGGUCGCAACUGCAAGAACUCACCAAGUCGGUGGAAUCUUGCCAGUCGGAAGUAUCGGAAGUCAAGAGGGACAUGGUAGCCAUCAAGCACGAGCUGGACACUGUACAGCAAGUGAAGGAGGAGAUUGAGGAGUUGAGGGAGUACGUGGACCGGCUCGAGGAGCACACUCAGCGUAGGAAGUUGCGGCUUCUCGAGCAGGACUUGACGUUCUUCCUCUCGUAUGCGAUCCUGGCGGCGGUCCUGGGCAUGCUGCAGUUUGGGUACAACACCGGAGUAAUAAACGCACCAGAGCAGAACAUCGAACAUUUCAUGAAAGACGUGUACAAAACAAGAUACGGGAAGGAUCUGUCGGAUGAUUCUGCACGGGGCCUCUACUCCAUUGCUGUGUCCAUAUUUGCUUUAGGGGGGAUGUUAGGCGGAUUCGGCGGGGGCAUGGUAGCCAACAAAUUCGGGAGGAAAGGCGGACUGCUUCUGAAUAACGUCCUGGGAAUUACUGGGGCGUGCUUAAUGUGGUGUACCAAACUAGCGAACUCAUAUGAAAUACUAUUUUUUGGCAGAUUUAUUAUAGGGGUCAAUUGUGGACUGAACACAUCCUUAGUACCUAUGUAUAUAUCCGAAAUAGCUCCUUUAAAUUUACGUGGUGGUCUUGGGACAGUGAACCAAUUAGCGGUUACAGUGGGUCUUCUGUUAUCACAAGUGCUCGGUAUCGAACAAAUUCUCGGUACCAACGACGGUUGGCCUCUACUACUUGGCUUAGCCGUAUGUCCUGCCUUACUUCAAUUAGUACUUCUUCCAAUUUGUCCGGAGAGUCCGCGCUAUUUGCUCAUCACCAAACAGUGGGAGGAAGAAGCGCGGAAGGCGUUGCGGAGGUUAAGGGCGAGCAACCAGGUUGAAGAAGACAUCGAAGAGAUGCGGGCGGAGGAAAGAGCUCAACAAGCCGAAGCUUCCAUUAGCAUGUUGGAGCUGAUUUGUUCGCCGACGCUGAGGGCGCCUCUGAUCAUCGGCGUAGUCAUGCAGCUCUCGCAGCAGCUGUCAGGCAUCAACGCGGUGUUCUACUACUCGACCAGUUUGUUCGUCAGCUCAGGGUUAACGGAAGAGAGCGCCAAGUUCGCCACCAUUGGCAUCGGCGCCAUUAUGGUGGUAAUGACGCUGGUUUCCAUACCUCUGAUGGACAAGACCGGCAGGCGGACGUUACAUCUUUACGGCCUCGGUGGCAUGUUCAUCUUUUCGAUAUUCAUCACCAUCUCAUUUUUAAUAAAGGAGUUUUUUGGAUACGUGCAGGAGAUGAUAGACUGGAUGUCGUAUCUGUCUGUGGUCUCUACGUUGGGAUUCGUUGUGUUCUUCGCGGUUGGCCCCGGCUCGAUACCCUGGAUGAUCACCGCCGAACUCUUCUCGCAAGGACCGAGGCCGGCUGCCAUGUCAAUUGCGGUUCUAGUCAACUGGAUUGCCAACUUCCUGGUGGGCAUCGGGUUCCAGAGUCUAAAAAAUGCCCUCGAUAACUACACGUUCCUGCCAUUUAGCGUGUUCCUAGCUAUAUUCUGGAUUUUCACAUACAAAAAGGUCCCAGAGACGAAGAACAAGACCUUUGAAGAAAUCCUUGCCUUGUUUAGACACGGAAAUGGAAGGGCUAGUUUUCGAGACAGCCGCCUGUACGGUAAAACAAGUCCUGACGGAUGUGACGUCAGAGGUAAAUGGAAGUUCCCUCCGCGAGACAGCAUAGUGGACUCGUAAAUAGUGUAAAAUUUUUAAUAAUCAAAGAACUUUUCAAUAACGAAGAGUGUUGUAGUGAAGAAUUUUAAAUAUAUACCUCUGUAUUUUGCUUUCAUAUUUUGAAUAAUAUGAGACGAAACAAAGAUUUGCAAAGUUAUGUGACAAAGAAUUCGUAUUAAAUAAUUAUUAUUAAACCUAAUCGUAUAAUAAAAUUAAUGUCUCACUGCCAACACACUCAUUAAACAUAUGAUGGGGAAUAUCAUGGCAAGGCGUAAAUCAAGAGAACAGCAAAGUCGCGCUGAAAUUUUUUCGUACAGUUUAAGUGUUCAAAAGCUAAUAACUUGCCUUGUUCGUAAACUGUAUAAUUUAAGCGGUAAGCAACAGCCACACACAAACACUUAGAUCGUAAGAGGGACACGAUUUUCUGAUUUCAUCUAAAAUUUUCCUUGAACAAGAGUAUUUUCCUAAACGAACUUUUCUGUGGUCACAUAUCACAAGGGUGCUUGAAUUCAUAAUUUUUUUCAUAUCAGUCCAUGUGAAUGCGUGAUGAACGUCUCGGCUAUAAUUUGUUUUUUGACACCGUAACACCUGUACGGGUACUUCGGGAGUACCCGUAUAAGUAAUAAAAAUUGUGUGUGGCAAAAAGGGCAAUCUGUUACGUUGGAUAAGUUUCGAUUAUUAUUGUGAUAUUAAGCGAUAACUUUGCAAAAUCUUCAAAUUCCUCAAUAAUUUAUUCUAAAGUGUAUGGGUACAAUUUGUUUUUAUAGUAAUGUUAAUAUUAGCUCAAAGUGUUUUGGGUGAUGUCUCUAUACAAUUAAUUCUAACACAUAUUUUGUAAUAUUACAUGUAAAUAACACGUCUGUUGCUUAAUGUUUUAAAGUUCUUUUUGAAGAAGUUUAAUAUUAUACAUACAAAUUUAUUAUUGACGAUUCACUCCGAUCUAUUGGAAAAGGUAGGGCGUGAACGAUCGCAGGUACGACACCCAUCUCCCCCAAUAGCAAUUAUUUUGAUGUGAUGAGUUGUAUAUAAAUAUUAUAUAUAUAUUGUUGGAGGUCUUCGUAUCAGGUUAUUUGUUGACGAUUAUCGAGAGAUGGAGAUCAUAUUUUUCGAAUUGUUUUUCAUUGUGGGAGGACCCGACACCUAGGUCGGCACGCCUUAUUUCGUUUUGUUUUCCUUUUUCUAUAUAGUUUAAUAAUAAUUUGUCUAGCCACGAUUUGUAAUAUAAUUAUUAUGACUUAUUUAAGUUAUUGCUAUAAUGGAUAUUUAAAAACCAUCUAGUUUUAGCGAUUCAACAUAGAUCUGCGUAGAUAGAUAUAUACGUUGACUCAUACGAUUAACAUAAUUAUGAAAAUAAUCAGUAUAUCGAACAAUUGCAGGAGUAUAUAAAUUAGCGCCACUUGAAAUGUUCCUGUUAGUACUGAGUUUAAGUAAGACACACACUUUUAGAUCCGAUCGUUACUCUAAAUUAGAGAAGAGCACCUUCAACGUAUAGUUUUAAACAAUUAAUACCAUCACUGAAAAGCACCAUUGAACUCGCUAUUUGCCCAGUAUGUCCAAACUUUUAGUCAAUUAGAUGGCGAACGUAUUUGGCGCUAUAUUUUUGCGAAACUAUUUUCGUGCAUUUAAUAUAUUGUUGGCCUAAAACGAUAAACACAAGUGCUAACAGAACAUUGUUUCAAAACUAUGGAGCAAAAUGAUUAUUCUAAAUGUAAAUAUUGUUACAUAUAAAUAAAAUAAUAAUCAUAUAAUAUUUAAAAAUUGAAUGCAGUGUUUACAAUUAUUACUAACGGUAAUUUUUAUUUAACGUUAUCGAGGAAGUGUGUGCAUGUCUGAUAGAUUUAGAUGAUACAUUUUUAAGUAAAAUUGUAGAUAUUUUUAAAAAUUAUUAUUCAAAAUUUUACCGAGAGUACGGAUUACGUUCCUCUCUAAAACGUUUUGGUAUUUGUGUAAAUCGAAAUCGUUUUAUGUUUGUCAGAUUUUUUGGUAAACAUGGAACUCGUAUUCACGAUGAGUGACUCUGUUCGAAUGAAUGAUGAUGAUCGAAAGUCGACUAGACUAGUAUUAUGUUACAUGAAUUAUGGAAAUUACGAAACAUGUAAAGUUUCCUGAACGCAAUAAAAUUCUAUCUCUAUACGAA